UUUCUUGUGGAUUUUGUGAAUCAAUUUUACUAUGCGUUGGUUCUUUCAAUUUUGUAGUUUUUAUUUGUAGAAAUGCGCAUUUUGUAUAUAUUUCUGGUACAUAGUGUCACAGAUUUCUACUGAAAAUCUACAUCAUAUGCUGGAAUGGAUUCACAUCCGAUCAACCGUUCUGACUCAAUCAAUGUUUCUAAAAAUUGAAUCGAAACUGAUGGUUCGACGCGGUGAAUUGUGAAUAGCAUUGUUUGCCGUCCAUUUAAUUGAAUGGUUUCACUGUAGUUUUGUUCGGGGGCGAAUUAAAGCAUUUGAACUACUUUCUAUCAUAUGCUAGACUGCAGUUUACACAAUUCUAUCACUUGUAACUAAUUCUUCCAUGUUGAUUGUUUGUUAGAAAUGAGCUGGCUUAUUGUAACUGCCUAGCAUCCUUAUAAACAAGGGAUUGCACUAUUAUUACCAUAUAGACUCAAUAUUCGAUAGAACCAACAACAAGUUCAAUUCAGUUUGCCUUUUGUGUAUGUUUCAGCAAUGAAUAUUGAAUUCUGAAAAACUCAAACGGUUGAACUUUAUUCAACAAUAGUUUUUAAGGCAUUCAUAUUUGUCAUCAAUAAUUUUUGCCACCAUUGUAAUCUCUAGGAACUGCAAAACCCUACCAACUGUGUUGUAAUGCGAGAUAGCAGAAAAUAGAGCUUUUGGAGGAAGGCGGGGAAGGAAAUAAUUGUUAUUCUUAAGAUCAAAGCUCGGACAUCCCAUCCCAUACAGAUUGAAGAGCUUUGAUAUUGUCAGUCAAGGAUCUAACCAUGCAAACAGCAUUUUAUAGCCAUCCUGUAUUCUGCUUCUCUUGCAGAAAUUUAAGUACAAAUGCAAAGAGUAGUUCGGUGAAAAUUCGUGCACCUUAUCCCUCUCAACUGGAUUCAAAAUGUGAAUUCAAUAGGUGGCCUCGUACUUAUAACUCUCCCUUCAACAUUAAACCCAACAGAUUGUUUGUGCUUCCUAACACAAGUGAUGGCCAACCGACUGCGUCUACAAUGGAUGAUGAAACAAACACAAAUCAUGCUCCUAAUGUUAUAUCACCAAUAUUUCUCGGCAAUUGGUCACCGCCAAGGUACCUAUGGAGAGGACUAUCAGUUUUAAUCCUAGCAGGACAAGUAGUUAUGAAGAUUCUAAAGGGAAAGGUUCAUUGGAGGAACACUCUUCAACAACUGGAGAGAGUUGGUCCAAAGUCGGUAGGAGUAUGUCUUUUAACCUCAGCUUUUGUUGGCAUGGCAUUCACAAUACAAUUCGUGAGAGAGUUCACUAGGCUAGGAUUGAAUAGAUCAAUAGGUGGUGUCUUAGCUCUUGCUUUCUCUAGGGAGCUAAGUCCAGUUGUUACAGCAAUAGUUGUAGCCGGACGCAUCGGAAGUGCUUUCGCAGCAGAAUUAGGAACUAUGCAGGUUUCCGAACAAAUCGACACAUUGAGAGUUCUCGGUUCAGACCCUGUUGAUUACCUAGUGACACCAAGAGUGAUUGCUUCUUGUAUCGCCUUACCUCUAUUGACCUUAUUGUGUUUCAUAUUAGGGUUAGCAUCUAGCGCUCUUCUUGCGGAUGGUGUUUACGGUAUUAGCAUCAACAUUAUAUUGGAUUCGGCGCAGCGUUCUCUUCGAGCAUGGGACAUUAUUAGUGCGAUGAUAAAGUCGGGGGCUUUUGGUGCUAUCAUAUCUAUAGUGAGCUGUGCUUGGGGAGUUACAACAAUGGGAGGUGCUAAAGGUGUUGGAGAAUCAACAACUUCAGCUGUUGUUAUUUCUCUUGUUGGAAUUUUCAUUGCUGAUUUUGCUCUUUCUUGUUGUUUCUUCCAAGGAGCUGGUGAUCAAUUAAAGAAUUGCAUGUAACCACUUGAUUAUGUGUUUGCAAUUUUUGCUUGUAUGUACAAAAAGUGUUGGUUCUUUUUUCUUUCCUUCAAAAUUUGUAUUUGUUGUAUUAGUCUUGUUCUUGUUUUCCAUAGAAAGAUAAAUUGAAUAAUUAAACAAGGAUUGACAUUAAUUCAGUAUGUUGGUUGUGUUGUAAAGAAUAGUUACACCACUUCAUUGUCACUUUAGUGGAAUUUUGAUUUUACCUCUA